CCCCCAGCGCCCGGCGCGGCGCCGCGGCCCCGGUAUGUCGCGGAAGAAGGCGGCUCGCAGCAAAGGCGGCGGCGGCGGCGGCGGCGGCGGCGCCGCGCCCUCCACCGCGCUGCCCCCAGCCGCCCAGGGCACCGGCCGUGCCGCCGCCGCCCCGCGGGGCUCCGCGCCCGCCCCCGAGCUGCCCCGCAACGGCGGCGCGGCGGCCGGGCGGCCCUCGCUGAGCAGCAGCGGCGAGUUCUACGAUCUCGCCUUCAAGGUGAUGCUGGUGGGCGACUCGGGGGUCGGAAAAACCUGCUUGCUGGUGCGGUUCAAAGACGGUGCUUUCCUCGCUGGCAGCUUCAUUUCCACGGUCGGAAUCGACUUCAGGAAUAAGGUGCUGACGGUGGACGGGGUGAAGGUGAAGCUGCAGAUCUGGGACACGGCCGGGCAGGAGCGCUUCCGCAGUGUCACCCAUGCCUACUACCGGGACGCCCACGCCCUGCUCCUACUCUACGAUGUCACCAACAAAGCCUCCUUCGACAACAUCCAGGCUUGGCUGACAGAGAUUCAUGAAUACGCACAGCAAGACGUGGUCCUCAUGUUACUGGGAAACAAGGUGGAUUCAGCCCAGGACAGAGUGGUGAAAAGGGAAGACGGAGAAAAAUUAGCCAAGGAGUAUGGCGUGCCCUUCAUGGAGACCAGCGCAAAAAGUGGCCUCAAUGUUGAAUUAGCGUUCACAGCCAUUGCAAAGGAAUUGAAGCACAGGUCCAUGAAGCUGCCCAACGAGCCCAAAUUCAAGCUCCACGACUACGUGAAGAAGGAAGUGAGGGGCUCGGGCUGCUGCAGGUCCUAAUGCGCUGGGUGCAUUUGUACAGAGACUCGUGCCAAGUGUUCGUGCGCCGCGCUCUCUCCUCGUGGCCAAUGUGUGCAUGUCUGUCUGUCGUGUCUGUAUCUGCCUAAAAGGUGAGCUGAGACGUGGGGAAGCAGCAGCAGCAGAAAAAAAAAAUCUCUCUCGGCUGGGGUGGACGCUGGCCAUGCUGCAGCCACGUGCCAGGUGCUGCUCCCCGAGCCCCCAUCACAUCCAUCCAUGCUGCAAGCCCUCCGGCUCCCCUCGCCGGUCGCUCCUGCUCGCAGCCACUUGUCCCCGUGCAGGUGGGAGGUGAGCGUUCGGGAAGGGACCAGGAUGGUCUUGGGCUAUUGCUGUCGCGCCCUUCAGGACCUGGCUCUCUCUACCUGCUCAGCAUCAGCCAGGAGCGCUAUGAGGCUCCUUUAACGUUAGUAAGAAUUAUGGUGUGACUUAAGCGGAACGAACGCCUUCUCCCCACCAAACGUCUGGGUAGGGAAAAAGUCCUGAAUUCCCUUUUCUUUCCCCGCGUACCUGGAAUUCAGCUGUUCAGAGCCCCGCCCUGGGGCACACAGGAAAGACUUGUUCUCGAGGCAUUUUUUUGUAGUUGCUUACUGACGUCUGUCCGUCUUUCACGGGGUGUAACAUACCUCCUCGAUGAAGGUUCCUCCUCUUCCCCGCAGAUGACAAGAGCUUAGCUGUCUGUCUGAGUGAGCUCCUGCUAACCUGUUGUACAGAGAUUCCUGAAUGUUUAUCUGUUCGGUAAAGGCUUUGGUUCUCUUACUACUGCCGUUUCUAGUACUUUAAUUGAGAAGAAAUCUGAUGUAUUGCAGCUUAUCCUAAAUACCUUCAUGUAAGUGUGAUAGCGUUUUUAGACUGCAACAAUGCUUUGAUAUCUUCAAAGUUCUCUUGGGACAGCUCUUUCUGUUAACUGAAGGAAGCUGGGCGGGAUGCUGUAGGCAUUGAUUUCGCUGGUUUCGGACUCUUCUGCCAGCUCUCUUCAAGGGACUCCUCACCCCUUUGGUCUGUGUCAGGCAUUUGGCUCUUUCUUUUUUCUUUUUUUUUUUUUUUUAAAACUGCACUUUUAAGUACAAAUUUGCAUUUGGAUGAAAUGUUUGGCCUUUGGCAAUUUUCUCCUUUGAAAAUUCCACACGCACGAGCAGGUGCCCACUGCACUGAACCUCCCCACGCUGCCCUAAAUGGACCACUUUUAAAUUAAAAUAACCCAUCCUUCACUUCCUAGCCACCAGCCGAGCACCAGCUCUCUCAGCAGUUGGUUCAGACGCCUCUGCCCCUCGGUUUUCUCCAGCACUGCAUCCCUGACGUGCACAAAGACCCUCCGCAGCUGCUGCGUGUGAUUCAGGCAGGCAGGGACUCUCCUCAGAGCUACACUCCUCCGUCAGCUACAGUAAAAUGAGCAGCUAAAGUGCGUCCAGCACAAUAACAGUGUGAAAAAGGAUCCUAAAAUAAACCCACUGAGAACAGAGCAUUUUUUCCUAAAUAGCUUUUUAGGGAGAAACAAGUCUUUUAACUGACUGAUUUAAAUUUUAUUUGAAUUAUUUGUUGAAAAAGUUCCUGCAGGCACAUUUGCAGCCUGGAGCAGACCCCGGCUGCCAGCACCAACGCGGCAGGAGCGGGCAGGUGAGCUGUGCUGGCGGCAGCAAGCAGGGGCUGCAGGGGAAUGGCAGUCAGAGCCCCCCCAUGCCCCACCUCAGCAGCACUGCACCCCACAGAUCCAAGGGGACAGCCAGCAUCCGUUCCUCAGCCAAGACUUUCUCUGGAGUAACUGGAACUCCCUUCACCCGCUCUGAAAGGUGGCAAUGCCGGCUACAAGCGCUCUCUUAAGGUUUGUUGGCAAGUAGCAACAGAACACAGGGGAGGCUCUGCAAGUCGCUCAGGCACUCAAGAAGUGCACAGGAAUCUGUAAAACUCGUUGUUUCACGCUGCUUUGGUGAGCUUCGCUGUGCUCCCGUGGCUGCUGCUUGACCAGUGCCUCCUACGUGAAGCUGCUUAUCUCACAUUUCUCAUCCUGGGCUGUGUAGCACACAUUUGCUGGCUGAGGUUAAGAAAAAAAAAAUAUGGACUGGGGUUUUCUCUAGUCCUGAGCUUGCCAAGUACCAGUAUUUUGGUAUGGCGGCUGUGCAGGGAAGGGCCAGCCUGGCAGAGGCACAGAGCAGCAGUCAGAGCUCCCGUACCUGGUCUGUGCCCAGGUCUGCCUGCGGCACUGCUUUCUCAGCCCGACCUUCACAGGGCAGCAGCAGCCCCUGUCCCGAGGUGCCAGUCCCUGCACGGACACCCUGGCCCAGAAGCUACAGGGAGUCUCUUGGAAGGCAAAAAUAAGCAUCAGUAUGCUUAAUGCUCCCAUCAGGUUGCUGCCUUCACUCUUCCUCGCACGGGAGAGCCUUGCACCUUGUUCUCUUGAAGAAAAAAGCUGACAACUCUCAGCUUGCUUCUUCACUGUGGGACCAAAACCAAUUUAAAAACUAAUAUGUAAAUGCUGCCCUUCGGAGUACUUUAAAUAUGAAUGUUGGGAGCUAACUCUCCUCCAGCAGAGACAUCACAACUGCAUUUUGGGGUAUUAGACCUAAGCUUUUAAGGCAGAUUCAGCUCCCAUCUCUCCCGGUCACAAGCUCCCUAUAUAUAACUGGUCACCAGUGCCUGCACACUGACCUUGCCCUAAAGCUCUUCCUCAGACUGUUAUUUGGCAUCUUCUUACACGGGCCUUUACUGCCACCAAGCGAUGAGGAAUUGUUCAGUGCAUUCAAACAAGACAGAGGACUCGGCAUCAUGUGCAACUUCUCAUUUUUGCUGGCUCUUGUUUACAGCUUUUGUUUCAUUCCUGUUAAUAAAAUUUUUUAAUAAUC